AUGUAUCGGGAACAGCUUCGUGAUACACGUGCUCAGAUCGCUUCACUAAUGUCCGAUAAGAAAAGCCUGGAACAUGAUAUCGCCGAGAUGGAGAAGAAAUUCGCAUUAGUUAGCGACGUAUUGAAAGCAGAAGAUCGCCAAAAAUUGCCAUUUUUGAACGAUAAAACUGGACAGGAACCAAAUCUGGCACAGAGACGCCCGCAUAAAACACGUAAUGCCAUUCCGCGUACAUCGCAACGUGUUAUCAUUUUGCAGAUCACGAAGCAUGACUACGAUCACAGAAGCACAUCGGGCAGUAGCAGCAGCCAAGCGUCCCAAUGA